GUUGGUGGAAGGGAGGAUAGCAAUGUUUAUAUCAGAAUGAAAGUGAAGGCGGCAGAGGAGAUUGGUAUGAAAGCUACGCAUUGCAAUCUCCCUAGAUCAGUGACUCAACAGGAACUGCUACUUGAGAUUAAGAAGCUAAAUGAGGAUCCUACAGUCCAUGGGAUUAUUGUUCAGAUGCCACUGGAUUGCGAGACCUCAAUUGAUUCAAAUCUCAUCACGGACUCUGUUUCCCCAGCCAAGGAUGUAGAUGGAUUGAGUACAAUUAACCAGGGUAGACUAACUACUGGAGAUCUAUGUACUGGAUUCCUACCCUGUACUCCAGCAGGGUGUCUCCAACUCAUCAAGAAAUCUAAAGUUGAGGUAUCUGGAGCCCAUGCUGUUGUGUUAGGACGGAGCAAGAUUGUAGGUACUCCGGUCGCAGAGCUACUGAAAUGGAACAAUGCCACUGUAACGGUUUGCCAUAGCAGGACUAAAGAUUUGGCUGGAAUUUGUCGUCUGGCCGAUAUUCUAGUUGUCGCUGUCGGGCAACCUUUACUGGUCAAGGGGUCUUGGAUAAAGCCUGGUGCAGUAGUGAUUGACUGCGGGAUAAACUCUAUACCUGACCCAACCAAGAAAUCUGGGCAAAGGCUGGUGGGUGAUGUGGAUUUUAAUGAAGCCUCUCAAGUUGCUGGUUUUAUUACCCCCGUUCCAGGUGGUGUGGGACCAAUGACUGUAAGUAUGCUAAUGUCCAACACUGUAAAGUCUGCUAUAAGGUGCUAUAUAGAGAACAAGAAAACAACUUGGAAUUUGUCUCUUCUACCCCUCAAACUUCUGGAGAAGGUUCCCUCCGAUAUAGAGGUUGCCCGCGCACAAACUCCCAAGGACAUCAACCUGUUGGCCAAGGAGAUCGGCCUUCUCCCCUCCGAGGUCGACCUCUACGGGAAAAAGAAGGCUAAGAUAUCCCUCGCUACUAUUGAUCGAUUGAAAAACAGAAAAAAUGGAAAAUAUAUUGUGGUUGCUGGGAUAACACCAACGCCCUUGGGGGAGGGGAAAUCUACAACUACCAUAGGACUUGUUCAAGCUCUGGGCUCCCAACUCAGGAGAAAUGUUUUCGCUUGUGUUCGCCAACCCAGCCAGGGGCCAACCUUUGGAAUCAAGGGAGGGGCAGCAGGAGGGGGAAAAUGAUUAUAUGGAACUCUUUAAAACUAUGCCAGGUAUAGUAGUUUAACGGCAGAAGUUCAUGGAAUAACAGCAGCCACCACUCUUGUGGCAGCUCGGAUAGAUGCCAGAAUGUUCCAUGAGGCUACUCAGGACUCUAAGGCCCUAUAUGGACGCCUGGUUCCAGCCAAGAAAGGAGUUCGCACCUUCAGUGAUAUUCAGAUCAGACGCCUGGUUAAGCUGGGGAUUGAGACCAGGGACCCUGAUCAGUUAACCGAUGAUGAGAUCACUAGGUUUGCCAGGUUGGAUAUAGACGCCUCUACGAUAACCUGGCAGCGUGUCAUUGAUACAAAUGAUCGUUUUCUGAGAAAAAUUACUAUUGGCCAAUCACCUACUGAGAAGGGAUUUACUAGGGAAACUCAGUUUGAUAUAACAGUUGCAAGUGAGAUAAUGGCUGUUCUGGCGCUCACAACUUCAUUAAGGGAUAUGCGAGAACGUUUGGGCUCUAUGGUGGUCGCUAGUGAUAAGAAAGGAAACCCUGUCACUACAGAUGAUUUAGGACUGGGAGGAGCUUUGGUUGUUCUCAUGAAGGAUGCCAUCCGUCCUAACCUUAUGCAGACCCUUGAGGGUACACCUGUCUUUGUUCAUGCUGGACCCUUUGCCAAUAUAGCCCAUGGGAACUCGUCCAUCCUGGCAGACAAGAUCAGCUUGAAGUUGGUGGGGGAGGAGGGGUAUGUGGUCACUGAAGCCGGGUUUGGAGCAGAUAUCGGGAUGGAGAAGUUCUUCAAUAUCAAGUGCAGGUAUUCUGGACUGGUGCCCAAUGCAGUUGUUCUUGUUGCUACAGUAAGGGCUUUGAAGAUGCAUGGUGGUGGACCCCCAGUGGUUCCCGGGACCCCACUAAAGCCACAAUAUACAGAAGAAAACCUUCCAUUAGUAGAGGCUGGAUUCUGCAACCUUAGGAAGCAGAUUGAAAAUGCCAAAAUGUUUGGAGUUCCUGUUGUUGUGGCGAUCAAUGUCUUUCUUACAGAUACUCAAGCGGAACUGGAACUCAUGGCUGAACUAGCAAAGAGUGCUGGUGCAUUUGAUGCAGUUCUGUGUCGUCAUUGGGCAGAGGGAGGUGCAGGAGCCAGAGAAUUAGCUAUAGCUGUAGAAGCAGCCUGUAAGGCUGAAAGUGAGUUUAAGUUCUUGUAUGAUCUUGAUCUAAGCAUAGAAGAGAAGAUCAGAACGAUCGCCCAGAGGAUCUAUGGUGCUAAGGAUAUAGAAAUAUUACCGGAAGCUAGAACUAAGAUUGAGAGAUAUACAGCUCAGGGAUUUCAGAACCUUCCAAUCUGUAUGGCGAAGACUCAUCUCUCGCUAUCAGCUGACUCUACCCUGAAGGGGGCUCCAACUGGAUUCACGAUCCCCAUAAGAGAUAUUCGGGCUUCAGUCGGGGCUGGUUUCUUGUAUCCUCUUGUAGGAACUAUGUCAACUAUGCCGGGAUUAUCAACCAGACCCUGUUUCUACGAUAUUGAUCUGGAUAUGGAGACUGAGGAAGUUUAUGGAUUGUUCUAGAAAGUUGAAAAAUGUAGUCUAGUAAAAAUAAUUUAACUAAUAAAAUCUUCAGAUUGUA